AUGCUCCCGGAUUUGUCGCCGCACUUACACACAAAGGAAUGCAACAUUCUCAUCGAAUUUUUGCAAAGGUGUCACGAGGAAAAACCUAUCGGUUCGUUAGAGAAUUUCCGCCUUUUCACAAUACAUUUAUGUUACUAGGCAAGAUGGUCGGUAAAUGCUCGUACUGGGAUGAAGCGGUAUGGCAGUGCACAAAAAAAGAACGCAUCUGGAGGCGGGACAACAAUCCCUCGUACAAGCGGCGAAUCGUCGAAUUGCGAAACUUGCCGGAGAAGUACUGGACACCCGCUCUUCAUAAGUUGAAGGAGGAAGGUGUUCUGAGUGGAGUUUCCGAUCAAACUGCCGGUGGAUGCAAGAUUUAG